CACCGACAGCACGUCAAUCACGGAACAAGCUGUAUAAACGUCACACAAAAAUUAUAAACAAAAUCAAAGGUUGGAAUGUGAUUGUUGCAACAAAGGUGUUUAGUACUUUUUAAGAAACUUAUUAAUCAAUCGAAACAACUAAACUAUGGCUGACGAACACCAGAAACACCACAGUCAAAAUCAACACAGUGACAAUUGCGAAGAAUUCGAGGAUGCCUCCGACAACGUGACGAAAACUAACAAAGAAAUCAUCGAUGAAAUUGUCGAUCAACAGGGCUCAUUGAAUUUGAACGCCGACGAUUCCGAAGACGAUAAAUUUGAUGAUUGCAUUGAAGCACAGCCGCUGGCUGCAGACCCGGAUCCCGAAGCGUCGCAAAAAGACUACGAGAGCACGUUAACCGAGGACGAAUUGAAUGCGAAUCUAUUGCAGGCGAAUGAAUUCAAGAAAACUGGCAACGAUCACUACAAGAAUGGGGACUUUUCGGCGUCGAUAGAUAGUUACAGCAGUGGAAUUAGUAUUUGUCCAUUGCGAUGCAGCAGUGAGAGAGCCAUUUUGUAUGGAAAUAGAUCGGCGGCCCAUUUACAGCUCAGCAAUAACACACUGGCGAUUGAAGAUUGCAGCAAAGCGAUAGAUUUGAAUCCGAAGUACACCAAGGUGUUAUUAAGAAGAGCCAAACUGUACGAAGAAAACGAUAAGCUUGACGAAAGUUUGGAAGACUUCAAGGCCGUGUUAGAGAUGGAUGGUAACUGUACGGAAGCUCGUCAAGCCAUUGUCAGACUGCCGGUUAAGAUCAACGAACGCAAUGAAAAGCUGAAGACAGAAAUGUUGGGAAAAUUGAAAGAUUUAGGGAACAUGAUUUUGAAACCAUUUGGACUAUCGACAAAUAAUUUCCAAAUGCAACAGGAUCCAAACACCGGAUCGUAUUCGGUUAAUUUUAAUCAAAAUCCAAAGCCUUGAUAUUUACGAUUACGUUGGAAUGGAGUGCGCGAAGGAUUGAUGGCUGGCUGUUGAAAAUAAAACAUUUUUUUCCAAAUAAAAA